AUGUUCCAAAUAGAUCUUGAUGAGAGAGAAAGACAAGUUAACGUAAAAACAUGGAUGCAAUCAACUCCAGAUCAUGUUGAACCAGCAGAAAAGAACAGUAGAUCAAAAAUGAUAGAUACUACAGUAAUGAUCACAAAGACUCCAGAAGUUAGACUCGAUCCACCAAAUGAUGAUUUCUAUGCCACAAGCGAAAUAAUGAGUAUUGGAUAUAAAAUUAAGGAUGAAGGCGAAUUUAACAUUACAUGUUAUGUAGACAAUAAUUACAAGGCUUCAAAGAAAGAUAACGCAAAUGGCAAUUGGAAGUUAGGUACACUUAAUGUCCCACUUGAUGGUGUCAAUUAUUAUACAGAAGGUGGAAUUAUCUCAUCUACAACACACAAAUUAAGAAUAGAAGUUACAGAUCCAUAUGGUUCUAAAGUUACUAAAGAAAAAGUAUUUUACAUAAGGAACCCAACUGAAAUUACAAAUGUCGAAAUUUCUAAAUAUUCAUAUGCUCAAGAUGAAAAUCUUCAAGUCAAAAUUACAUAUAACGAUGCAGAUUCUGAUAAAUUCUUAAAAUUCUUCUGCAAAGUUGGUGAUAAUAUUCAAUUAUUAAAUUCAAAGUCUUCCAGAGGAAGGAAUGGACAAUCAAUUACAUUUGGUUACAAGCCUACUUUUGCCAUUCCACCAGAACAAUAUACAUUUGAAUUCUUCAUUUCAGUCGUAUCAAAUCCAGAUUUCAACAAUCCACCAAAGAAUGGCAUUUCAAGAGUUUUCCCAGUGACAAUUCAAAAGACAUUCAAACCAACUUUGACUUUGAAUGCAAUUUCCCCACUCAAAUAUACACCUAAUUCAGUGAUUUCAUUAUCAGGACAGGUUUCCGGUGAUGGCGAUGUCACACUUAAAUUCUACAAGGAUGGUGUUGCAAUGAAACAAACAGCUUCCAUUGAAGACCAAACUGACGUAAUGAAAGACUUCACAACUGAUGAGUUUGUUAUUCCAUCAGAUUAUGCUUAUGGAUCAUACACAAUUACAGUCAAGGCCCAGACAAAGGCUCUAAAGAAGGAAGUUUAUGAAAGUGAAGGAGUUGAGAUACAAUUCAUGGUUAUGAACAAACCAUCAAUUGGUAACUUCCAAAUGUAUGACGCAACAGUUGAAAGAUAUGGCUAA